AUGUCUGGGUCAUCGUAUCAGCAAUUCCAGGCAUCGGUGAACGAUGCUUGGGAUCUUGGCGACGACGACAUUAUAUCCGGCAUCGCGGAGACAAAGAUAUCGAGGGCCAUAUCAGAAACUGCAGCUUUAAACGUUAUAAAUUCUCACAGAAACAGCACUAAGAACGUAAACAAAAGUGACGUCAAAGUUGAAAGUGAAAAUUUGAAGCCUAAAGAAGAGGCGUUGGCUGUGCGUAAAAAUGAAAUAAAAAGGACUGGAGGAGGCGUUGGCAGUAGUUCUGGGCUUAUAAGGCAUUAUCCAGGUCGUCCACGUCCUGUCAGACUAUCUGCAUUAGCUUCGCGAGAAGAGAGUAGUGAGUCCAAAUUAGAAAGGUUCCAGCAAUUACUUGAGAAUCCUGUGUUAGACUUGGAUGAACUGAAGCAGCUGAGCUGGUCAGGCAUUCCCACCAAAGCUAGAGCUGUGACAUGGAGACUUCUUGCCGGCUAUUUACCGGCGAAUACCGAACGACGUGCGGAGACCCUCGAGCGCAAACGAGCUGAUUACAAGCACCUCGUGAAGCAAUACUACGACUCUGAGCGAGAGGAGGAUACAUACAGGCAGAUACAUAUCGAUAUACCGCGGAUGAGCCCACUUGUGGCCUUGUUUCAACAGAACACUGUACAGGUGAUGUUUGAACGUAUCCUUUAUAUAUGGGCGAUACGUCACCCGGCAUCGGGCUACGUUCAAGGCAUUAACGACCUGGUGACUCCAUUCUUCAUGGUUUUCCUCCAAGAGGCCGCGCCGGGGAAGGAGCUCGACAACUUUCCCCUUGACAAGUUGAGUGAAGAGCAGCGAAAUAUUAUAGAAGCUGAUUCUUUCUGGUGCUUGUCGAAGUUCCUGGACAGUAUACAGGAUAACUAUAUUUUUGCACAACUUGGUAUACAGUAUAAGGUAAAUCAGUUAAAAGAGCUGAUUCGACGCAUAGAUCUCCCGUUGCACGAACACCUACAAACGCACGGUGUGGACUACCUUCAGUUCUCCUUUCGCUGGAUGAACAACCUUCUCACAAGAGAAAUACCUUUGCCCUGCACCAUUCGUCUAUGGGACACGUAUUUAGCGGAGUCGGAUGGUUUCGCCAUCUUCCAAUUAUACGUUUGCGCGGCGUUCCUCCUUCACUGGCGCGAAAAAUUAAUGCUCGAAAAGGACUUUCAAGGAUUGAUGAUAUUACUCCAGAAUGUUCCGACACAAAAUUGGACGGACUCGAAUAUAAGUGUUUUGGUAGCGGAGGCGUAUAGGCUGAAAUUCGCUUUCGCUGAUGCUCCAAAUCAUUUGCACAACGCGGGAAAAUCGGACAGAUGA